CAAUUUACCAGCUGAUGAAAUAGCGGCUUGUGUUGUUAAAAUAGAUUUGUUUUUGCUCCAUGUGGCUAGUUUAUAGUUUUUCUUUGUGGCGAGAAAAAAGCCGUUUCUUUUAUGUACUCUGAUUAAUUUUGUUUAAACUAUUCCUUAGACAAGAAAAUGUCUUCUUUAGAACGAGAAUCUGCUGUUCUUAGUGAAAUGGAGCGUCUGACAGCCCACUUGCGAACGCAAAUAGAAAAUACGAAACGUGGCGAGGUGCUUGAUUUUGAAGAUGAAGAGUACACAAAGUUGCAAACUGAGAACAUGAAGUUAAAGCAUCGAUUAGCGAUUUUGAAUAAGGCUAUUGUUGCAGAGCAAAAUGCCGCACCCACUGCUGUUGCUAAAUAUGUGCCACCUGCACUGCCAACUACCGUCGAUGCAAUGAUUUCAAUUGCUGAACAUCUUACAGAUUUGUUUACAGACGCCAUCGCAUCGGCAUUUCCGCAGCUUGCCGGCACUUCAGCUAUUAUAUCACCUGUGAAUGCAACUGCCGCUAAAUUUGGUGAUUAUCAGUGCAAUAGUGCUAUGUCAUUGGCAAAAACACUAAAGGCUGCUGGCGCAAAUAAAUCACCCAGAGAUAUAGCAAACGAAAUAGUUAAGCAUGUUGCACAAUCGCCACUUGUAGCCAAAACUGAAGUUGCAGGUGCUGGCUUCAUUAACGUGUUUCUUAAAAAGGAUUACGCUGUUCGUGCGAUCUCCAACCUUUUACGGUCUGGCGUUAACCCGCCAACCUGCCGCAAGCAACGCAUUCUCGUAGACUUUUCAUCACCCAAUAUAGCCAAACAGAUGCACGUCGGUCAUUUACGUUCGACGAUUAUUGGAGAGUCCAUUUGUCGUUUGUUGGAAUUUCUGGGGCACGAUGUUCUACGCGUCAAUCACUUGGGCGAUUGGGGUACACAGUUCGGUAUGCUGAUUGCGCACUUGGAGGACCGUUUCCCAAAUUUUCUGCACGAAAGUCCUCCGAUUGGCGAUUUGCAAGCUUUCUACAAGGAAUCAAAAAAGAGAUUUGACGAGGACGAGGAAUUCAAGAAACGUGCCUACAAUUGCGUAGUACUGCUGCAAGGCGGGGACCCGAAUUCAACAAAAGCAUGGACUCAAAUAUGUGAUGUAUCCCGUGAAGAGUUCCAAAAAAUCUAUGACCGAUUAGACGUUACAAUUACUCCUAUCGGCGAGUCUUUCUAUCAGUCACGCAUGAUAGAGGUUGUAAAGUUUUUGGAAUCAAAGAACCUACUCGAAGAAGACGAUGGCCGCAAAAUUAUGUGGGCCGAUGAAACAUCUUCUGGCAUACCUUUGACAAUCGUUAAGUCAGACGGGGGCUUCACAUACGAUACUUCGGACAUGGCAGCAAUUCGUUACCGAUUAGAAGAACAAAAAGCCACAUGGUUAAUUUAUGUUGUAGACUCUGGACAGAGCACACAUUUACAAAAUAUUUUUCGGGCUGCAGAACGUGCAGGCAUUUUCAAUCGCGAACUACAUCGUGCCGAUCAUGUUAACUUCGGAGUAGUGUUGGGCGAGGAUGGCAAAAAAUUCAAAACGCGUUCUGGAGAGACAGUGAAACUUUCUGAUCUACUAGACGAAGGUUUGAAACGUGCGCUGGAUAAAUUGCUGGAAAAGGAACGUGACAAGGUGCUUACACCGGAUGAAUUGCAAGCAGCACAAGAAUCGGUAGCUUAUGGCUGCAUAAAGUAUGCCGAUUUAAGUCAUAAUCGCACCAACGAAUAUGUAUUCUCCUUUGACAAGAUGUUGGAGGAUCGCGGCAACACAGCCGUGUAUUUGCUCUAUGCUUUUACACGCAUUUGUUCCAUUUCUCGCAACUGCGGCGAGGACUUCUCGGACCUAGCUAAAGUGCUUGACAAAGGCGUCGCUAUUGAAUUGGAACACGAAAAAGAGUGGAAGUUAGCCAAGACAUUAUUAAAGUUCCCCGAUGUGUUGAUUAAAAUAUCAAAGGAUCUGCUUUUGCAUACACUCUGUGAGUUCUGCUAUGAAGUUUGUACUGUGUUCUCUGAAUUCUACGACAGUUGCUAUUGUAUUGAGAAGAAUAAAAGUGGCGAGAUUCUUAAGGUUAACCACGGACGCAUUUUGCUAUGUGAGGCUACAGCUGCUGUGUUAAAACAGUGCUUCUACAUCUUGGGCUUAAAGCCUGUUGCUAAGAUUUAAAAAAAAAAAAAAAAACACUACUACACAGUCAAUCUCGCACCAUAAAAAUUAAAAGAAUAAAAUUCAACAAUA